UUUUUACAACUAUAUCUAUAUCCAUAUAUAUCUACUAUUCUAUAUACUCGUAUUAUCUUUUUAACUGAUCCACCUAAAUACACCUGACUGCAAAAACUUUGGAUUUUACAUAUCUCAAGAUCUGCUAAAGAGUCGUGGAUAAAAGUGUGAAAAAAAAAUGUUGGAAGGUAAAGCUCUAGUAGAUGAUACAGAUAUGCCAAUCAAGAUGCAGGUCCAAGCCAUGGCUUAUGCUUCUCAAGCUUUGGAUCUUUAUGAUGUUAUCGACUGCAAAUCCAUUGCUGCCCAUAUCAAAAAGGAGUUGGACAAGAAAUAUGGGAAUGGAUGGCAAUGUGUGGUGGGAUCAAAUUUUGGAUGUUUCUUCACCCACACCAAAGGGACUUUUAUCUACUUUACUUUGGAGACACUCAAUUUCCUCAUCUUCAAAGGGGCUUCUUCUCUUAUUUCGUCUUAAAUCAUAAGUAGUAAUCCUAACCCAUAGGUAAAAGUAUGUGUUCAUAUCUUAGAUUUUGUAGCUUAUCUGGUUAGCUUAUGUUCCUUAGAAAUUGGUGGUUUGUUAGCUUGUAAAAUGUUGUUAGUUAUCUUUUUGUUGGUU